UCCGUCGGAACCAAGUACCAACCCACCCAACAAUUACAAAGCCCACAGAAUCAGAAAGAUAAAGCAAAAAGACGGCGAAGAAAGUGAAAAACCUUUUAACUCUGUACUCAGUGUGCCUAUAGAAUCCCUUCCCCAGAAAGAGAGAGAGAGAGAGACUGCCUAGGCGCCGCCGUGCCCACCGACGGAGACGACGCCUGUGCCGAAAGUAGAAUCUUCUGAUCCUCGAUUGGCUCCACGGCACCCUCUCACCAUUCCUGUGUAGAAUCUCGAUCCUAACAACCAUCUGUGACUGCAAUGGAAUUUGGAGCAGCUUCUUCUAGGGUUCUCAACAGCAAUCACUUUUUGUGCCUCAUUCCCAAUCCAAAAAAAUUUCAAUCACAGAUUGACCUCCCAAGCUUGAAUCUUCAUCUUCCUUCGAAUGCUUCGUUUCAAAUUUCCUCCUCAAUUUCUCACAGAGAUUGCACUUUUAAAGCCACUCUUAAAGACACCAAUACCUCCACGCCCACGGUGAAGAAGAUGUCUGGGAAUGAAUUUGAGCUUUCAAGUUUAACAGCUUUGUCACCAUUGGAUGGUCGUUAUUGGAGUAAAGUUAAGGACUUGGCUCCUUAUAUGAGCGAAUAUGGCUUAAUCUAUUUCCGGGUCUUAGUCGAGAUUAAAUGGUUGCUAAAGCUUUCACAAAUUCCUCAAGUCACAGAGGUUCCAAGCUUUAGCGAAGAAGCUCGGUCAUAUUUACAAGGAGUAAUUGAUGACUUUAGCAUAAAUGAUGCUUUGGAAAUUAAAAAUAUUGAGAGAGUGACAAAUCAUGACGUAAAAGCAGUGGAAUACUUCUUGAAACAGAAAUGCCAAUCACAUCCGGAGAUUGCUGAGGUGCUUGAAUUUUUUCAUUUUGCUUGCACAUCUGAAGACAUCAACAAUCUUGCCCAUGCAUUGAUGUUGAAAGAAGCAAUGCACACUGCCAUAUUUCCUGUCAUGGAUGAAUUGAUUGAGGCAAUAUGUAACACGGCGAAGGAUCAUGCUCACAUUCCAAUGCUCUCUCGCACUCAUGGGCAGCCGGCUUCACCUACAACUUUGGGGAAGGAAAUGGCAGUUUUUGCCGUCAGGUUAAGCAGAGAAAGGAGAGAUAUGUCUCAGAUUGAGUUAAUGGGCAAGCUUGCUGGUGCAGUUGGAAAUUACAAUGCACAUCUUGUUGCAUAUCCUGAUGUUAAGUGGCCUCAAAUUGCUGAAGAUUUUGUAAAAUCACUUGGAUUGAGUUUUAAUCCCUAUGUCACUCAGAUAGAAACCCAUGACUAUAUGGCAAAACUUUUUCAUGCAAUUAUCCAGUUCAACAAUAUAUUGAUCGACUUUGAUAGGGAUGUAUGGAGCUACAUAUCUUUGGGUUACUUUAAGCAGACAACUAAGGCUGGUGAGAUUGGGUCUUCAACCAUGCCUCACAAAGUGAAUCCAAUUGAUUUUGAAAACAGUGAAGGUAAUCUUGGUGUGGCUAAUGGAGGUCUAUCUCAUCUAAGCAUUAAGUUGCCUAUUUCACGUUGGCAGCGUGACUUGACUGAUUCAACUGUUCUAAGGAACAUGGGUGUAGGAUUAGGGCAUUCAAUUCUUGCUUACAAAAGCACACUACAGGGGAUAACAAAGCUUCAGGUCAAUGAAGCUCGCUUGAGUGAAGACUUGAACCAGUCAUGGGAGGUGCUUGCUGAACCAAUACAGACUGUUAUGCGAAGAUAUGGGGUUCCUGAACCAUACGAGAAGCUUAAGGAGCUAACAAGAGGAAGAGCAGUUACUAAAGAAAGUAUAACACAGUUUAUUGAAGGGUUAGAAUUACCUAAAGAAGCAAAGUCCAAUCUGUUGAAGUUGACACCACAUACCUACGUGGGAGCGGCUGUUGAAUUGGCCAGGACUGUGGAUGUAGCCGUGAAUUUGGUGAAUGGGACGAAGGUCUUUGAAACUCAUAGUGUGAAGAGUUGAAGAUGAUAUUUGUUAGUGAAACUGCUUACUAGGUAUUGUUGCACCGCUGGAUCGAACUUCAGUGCCUGGCUAAUCAUCAAAUAAUCAGGUAAAACUGAUCAAUGGUCUGGUAAAAAAUGAUUUGCUGGGAAUGUUAAUUUUGCAGGAAAGAGGGAAAAAGGACAAUUUUCUACUGGUUAAAGUAUGUAAAUUGUAACUGAAAAUGAUUGUAUGUCCUGCAUUGAGCAAUUGAGGGCUCAAAAUUUUGUAGACAAUUUUGAUGCAAAUAUAACCAUCUUAAAUAAGCAUGCUGAUAAUAUAUAAUUUCAUCCUCUUUCAUUUUGCUUGAAA